UUUAAAAAUACGCACAAAAUGGAUAAAGACGAGAGGAUAGAUAAGUUCCCUUCGAAUUGUAAUGAUUACCUUUCGAAAUCGACAGCGACUAUUGUUGAAUUUAAUUGUACAGGGACUCUGUUGGCAAUAGGGUGAAAGAUGGGAGUCACUUUGAUUAUGGAUAUGCUACAUAGGAGGAUUGUCAAGUGUCUUUCAUAUUUCCCGGAACUGCAUAUAGGAGAUCAAAUAUUCCACGGGUUUGAUGAGUUUGAAGAAUUUGAACUUCCUGUUCUUCUGAAAAGUCUAAAGUCCAAUAAGAAUAUCUCCAGGAGCAAGAUUGGACUGAAAGGACGCCAAACAGGAAUUAGAGUCAAGGAUUACAAUUGUGAAAUAGAUAGCAUAAAAUUUUCUAAUGAUAGCAAGAAGCUACUUAUUGUAUACCACUUCAAAACUCCUCCCAAAAUUAAUGAUGAGAACAACCCAAAUCCAGAUAUUUAUUCUCCAAGAGAUCAGGAUAGCAGCCAAGAGCAAGAGCAGGAAGAAAGAGGGGCUAGAUGUCAUAGCCUCAAGAAUUUGUCGACUUUAAAGUCUGUACUAGUAGAAUGGGAUGUUCUUGAAGGAAAAAUAUCUCACAACUUCAAGCAUGACAGAAAGAUAACCAAUGCUCAGUAUCUCCCAGAAAAUCCUUCUUGUAUUAUCAUGGGAGGGUCACUCCCAUAUAUUCUGAGAGAUUGGACGACUCUUGAGCUUCUUGCCACUCCUUUGAAUGUAGAAAACAAUUCAGAAGAUGCUUCAAAGCAAGGUUCACAAGAAAGGAUUGACUUUGAUAUUUUCAGUAGCAAUCCCAAAGAAGAGAACUGGCUAAUCGAGCCCUUGGUCUAUCAAGGAAAUACUGUAUUUGUCAUAUACAGUAAGCAACUUAAUGUUCUGGCAUUUGUCAAGCCAGAAAAUCUGAAUCUGCCUAAAGAGACUUCUGGAGCUCAAAAGAAACCCUCUGUUGCAAUUGUUGGGGACAAAAGAAAUCUGAAUGUCAUCAACCCAGAUUUAUUAGAGGUGAUAAAAGCUACAGGCAGUCAAGAAGAAAGUGAGUCUGACAAUGCCAAAAUUAAAACAGAAGAAGCAAAGGAUAGUGAUGUUGAAAUGGAGCCAGACCACAAGCAAACAGAUUUUGGCGUUUUUGAGAAACUGUUCUCUGAAAAGUCAAAAUUAGAAGAAUCAAAGUUUUCUUCCCUAAGUUCUAAAAUACUGACUUAUCAUAAACUCAAAACUGAGAUUACCUCUCUCAGGGUUUAUCAUCAAUGAGAAGUGACAAGCAAAGAAGAAGAGAAAGAAAAAGAGACCAUUGUAUUUGUGAUUGCUACCUGUGCAGAUAAAACUAUCAAACUGUAUGAUUUUUCAGUUCCCAAUCUGGGUCAGACAAAGCCUCUCAGAACAUUUCACGAUGUUGUCCUGAAAAGAAAAUUUGCAGGAGCUAUGAUCUACAAUUGAGAAGAUACUGACCUCUACCUCAUUGCUGGAGUUGAAAAAGCAGGAGAGCUCAUGGCUUAUUCCAUCAAAGGAGGUUCUCAAGAUGCUAGAGUUGGAAACUUUAAAGAAGGAUGUGAAUAUAUGACAUACUUCAGCAACGACAUGAGAAACUUCAUGGUUGCUUAUGUCACUUCAAUGUCAAGUGUGGUUAUUUGGAGCAAGCAUGCGAUAAAAUAACUUCGAGGCUCUAUCACCAAACUUCACUUUAAUAGAGAAGAAUGAGAGAUAUGACCCUGAAGUAAAUAUGGAAGCUGCAGAGCAAAAAUCUACAAAUGAUAUCGUAUGGGUAGAGCCUGUCUCCUUAAGAAACCUUAAGAGCUGUUUUGAUCCAGCAUCAGUUCAGACUGAUAUCAAGAAUAUCCCAGCAAAGCUCACCCUUGAUGACAAUGUGACAGAAUUUUGUAGGAACAAGAUUGUUAAUUUCUAA